AUGUUCAGAGACCGAACAAAUCUCUUUCUUUCCUACAGAAGAACCAUCCCUCGACCCCCCAAAAUUUCCCAUGACCGCACAAUCACCCUAGCCGAGGAGGAAGAGGGACUCAUGUCCAAUCGCCCAAAAAGCAACAGAAAUAGAGCCAAAGGCGAGGAUCCGGACUCAAUCGAGUUGAAGCCGCUUGCGCCUUCCAUUUUCGACAUAUCGCAGUCAUUGGACGAGACCUUGGCUUCCAUCAAGCUACGUACAAACGACCUAAGUUCACUUUACAAGAAGCUACUUAUCACUCGUGAUAGCGAGAAGGCUGCGUUGGAAAAAGCAAUCGAGGACCUCAAUUAUACCAUCACCAAGAUGUUUGAAGCGUGCUAUGUGCCCAUCAAGAAGUUGGAGUUUCUUCAGAAGAAUUACCAGCGAUUGAAGCUCGACUAUAGCACAGAUGAAUUGGCAAUCAUAGAGAACUACAAGAAGUCAUACGCGGUUCGGAUCCAGGAGAGUCUGCUCGUGUUCCGCAAUUUACAAAACAAUUACAUCAAAUUCUUGCGCGAUGAUGACGAAACCAACGACGACGAUACCCGCCAGCUAUUAGCCGGCUCGUCUGCAAAUAAGGUGGCACUUCUCGAAGAGGAUACCAGUAACAUCGAGUCUUACUCAAAGCAUGCUCUCCAGCAGGCACAACAGCAGAUCCAAAACAACCCCAAUUCGCUGAUCCUAGCCUCGCGUGAACGUGAGAUCUCCAAGCUUGCAAUGGGAAUUUUGGAGAUAUCUACCAUUUUCAGAGAAAUGGAGACUUUGGUGGUGGACCAGGGAAGCAUGCUCGACAGAAUAGACUACAAUUUGGCGCAGGCGGUCGAAGACUUGAGACAGUCGGAUAGAGAGCUCAUAAAGGCCCAGGGGUAUCAGAAACGCACCACCAAAUGCAAAAUUAUCUUUUUGAUGAGCUUGGUGGUACUUGCAUUGUUCAUAAUUGUUUUGUUGAGGCCACAUAGCACAACGAAGAUCGUUGAGAAGCCCGUGGAGAGUAAGCCCAAUCCUGAUCAGCUGCUGUGA